CUAAACCCUGACACCUGUUGUUCAAGGGUAUCACAAAUUGGAUCCUUGCAUCGAGGUCUAACCAUUUGAAAGUGAUUAUAUUUGCGUAGGAGCAGACGUCAAUAAUCAUGUCUCAUGGCUGGGGUUACGGACCAUCUGACGGACCUGUCAACUGGUGUAAGGACUUCCCCAUUGCUAAUGGGCACAGGCAGUCUCCUAUUAAUAUUAUUAGUGGCCAAGCAUCCUACGAUUCUGCCCUGAAGCCCCUCAAACUGAACUAUGACCCAUCCAACUCCACAGACAUUCUGAACAAUGGCCAUUCCUUUCAAGUUGGCUUUGUGGAUGAUACUGACAGUUCAACACUGACCGGAGGCCCCAUCACCGGCACAUACAGGCUGAAGCAGUUCCACUUCCACUGGGGAGCCAGUGAUUACAGGGGCUCUGAGCACACCGUCAAUGGAAUCAAGUUCCCAUGUGAGCUCCAUCUGGUGCACUGGAACACCAAGUACCUCAGCUUUGGUGAAGCUGCUAGCCAUCCCGAUGGUCUUGCUGUAGUUGGAGUGUUUCUGAAGCUUGGUGCUGCAAACCCCAGACUACAAAAGGUUCUGGAUGCUCUGGAGGCCAUCAAAUCAAAGGGGAAGCAAACUACAUUUACCAACUUUGACGCCAAAACUCUGCUGCCUGACUCACUGGACUACUGGACAUACAAUGGCUCCCUGACCACUCCCCCUCUGCUGGAGAGUGUCACCUGGAUUGUCCUGAAGGAAUCAAUCAGUGUCAGCCUUACCCAGAUGGGUAAAUUCCGCAGCUUGAAGUUCAGUGGGGACGGAGAGGCACAUUGCUGCAUGCAGGACAACUACAGACCCACUCAGCCUCUCAAGGGACGCAAGGUCCGCCGGUCCUUCAAGUAAACAGCCACGUGUCACACCAUCCCCCAUCCAUCUUCCCCAGGUUAUAUAUAUAUACCCCGUGUGCCAUUUUAGCACAUGCAUUGGUGUCAGAAUUUGCUAAUUGUUAACCCCAUUGACAAAACCAUCAGUAAAUACUACAAAACAGAAAUGUAAACCUAAACCAAUGCAAUUUAAUAACGAGCCAGUGCAGAUGAGAUUUAUGCGCUGGUAUGGAUGGAUAGCAGCUCCUGUAAUCCCUGACGAUCAGCCUCAGGAUCACCCCAGAUUAAUGUAAUUUAGCUGCCUGCCCCUGCAAUAACAGAUGAGUCAGUCAGAGAUAGAGGCCUUUAAUGGUAUAAUACUACAACAGGGCUUUUUUUCCUUCUUCUCUACUCUCAAUAAGCACAAACAGUUGCUAUGCAAGAGAUGGAAUCUUGAAUGAAUCCUUAAACACUUUCCAUUUUUGUAUUGUAUCCUCACAUCAUCAAUGUAUUCUUUGAUUUUUGUCGCUUUAGAUUACAGGUCCAUGCCAAAUAUAAGAGAUGUAAUUUAAGUGUUAUAUUUAUAUAUAUAUAUGUAUAUUUUUGUACUCAUAACUUACCUCUCUACCUACCGUCACCCCAGUGCAUUAUCGUUGUCUUAAAAUCACGAGUGAUAAAUGUUGUGUAAGGUGUCAUUAUGUCAUCCAAGUCCCAUCCACUAUAAUGAAAUCCUGUGUUAAUAUCAGUAACUGUUUAUAAACUCAAUGUUUAUGGAAUGACACAUCUGUUGGAAAGCUUUGCACAUUUUUGGGGGUAUAUUGAAUUACCACACUACAGAAAUGUCAGUUGCCCUUUGGCUGUGUGGGAUCAGCCUUACCCAGCUAGGGAAACAGAGACCCCACUGUUGAUAAUCAGAUAUCUUCCUUUAAAGUACGGACAGAAGGCUUAUUUUACAGUCACGUGCCCUUAACAAGGAAGUAUUGACCUGAGUUCUCUACCUCUGUGGUUCAGGACAAGUUAAUCAAUCACGUUGUGUGGUACAAACAACAGUCACUCCAACUUAAAUAUGUCUUUGUGAUUAACAUAUGAUAAUAAUAAUAAUAUAUGAUUCAA